CACAUACCAGAAGCAAAUUUACGUUUGAAUAAUGAUGAAGACAUAUCAAACAUUCCACAGAAUACGAUAAAUAAUAUUGCAUCCCUGGUGACAAAUGAAGUAUUGGGUGCUGUUGCAGAAAGUCUAGAAGCCAAGGCAGCUUCAGAAACAACGGAUGGAGAAUUGGACACUGCAGAAUUAGAGAAACGAACACAUGAGUACAUAGAAUCAUUACUCACAGAUUCAUUGUUAAGGAAACUUACAGACAAACAAGAUGAUGAUGUUGGAAGAGGAGGAAGAAACACAAUCCAUUAUGUUGAAUCUAUGAUUGAGAACCAGCUUUGGAAGCAAUUAAUAGGA